CUGGCAGGAGUGGUGGGCGGGGCAUAGGCCGAGCUGCCUAGUUCAUUGGUGGAAAUUGGACCCCUCGUUUUCCCGUUACCGCCACGUUGGCGCUGCCUAGAGCCCGGCGGCCGUUAGCUCGGCUGUCUGUGCGCGUGUCCCGGGAAACCAUAGGGUUGGAAGGACUUUUAAAGAUGUGGGAGGAAAGCCAAAAGCUGAAGAUAGCCCGAUAUCACCGGUCUUCUUAGCUCUACCAUGGUCAGAUUUUAGUCUGGAAGAAUUUGAGGUUAUUGAGGGCAACGGCGGGUGGCAGAAAUCAGACACUGGAAAUCUAGGUUGGCUCCAGUUGAAACAGCUUGAACGGGGUCCCUGCGACUUACCUUCUGCACCAAUUACGAGAGCGAUGACGUCUGGGUGUUACGAGGUUCUCGAAGUGAGUGGGUAGAAAUGAGAAGACCCAGAGUGCCCAUCUUUCCUGCCCUGCUUCUCUCCGUCUGCACUCUGCCUUGACCUACCCAUGGGACCUCUCAAGGCAUGCCAGGUACUUCCUCCAGGAUCUUUUAGGGACAGGCCCUGGAUAUUCUGAAGCGCCUUUACAUGGAGCACGAAGAUGAUGAUGAUGACGAUGUGUCUUUUGCCAAAUGGAUGAGCAGCUUCUGGGGUCACAGCUGGAUAGAGGAGGAUGAGCGAGGACUCCGGGACCGCCGUGGAUCACAAGACGCCAGUUACAGGAAAAGCUCCCUGCCCUGCCCAUUGAUUCCACUGCCUCACUGCUGUAGAAAGGUCCUACUGUUCAAGAAGUUUCCUGUGCUUCCCAGAAUGAUGUCUUCUGCCAGCCAUCCUAGAAGGUAUUCUUAUGAGGACCAGGGAUUUCGAUGCCACACUCAUGUGCGGGAUCACAGAAAGUGCUCAGGGGAUGGGUCAUUCGAGGAGCCAUUGGAUUCAAAAGGAAGAUCCCAUUCUAAAAUUCAGUCAUUUUCAGACUCCUCUGAACAGCAACUGUGCUUUAGAACCAAACGUUCCGUCUCUUUGGGACCAGAGAGCAGAAAGGAGAGAAAUGAGAGAGAGCGCCGGUUUCUGGAAGUGAGGUCUUGCAAGAAAGCAGAGGGAAAAAGGAGCUCUAGGAAGGAAGAGCAUGGAGAAGCGUACCUGCCCACCCUGUCUGAAAAAGCGCACAAAUAACCCUUUGCUUCUACACCACGACUACUGACGCUGCUGUGUUUUUUGAGCCCCAGUUCACCAGACCCAGGAACGGUACCUGUGAGAGGGUCUGCAGAUGCUGAGUGACUCAGGUGGGUGGUUGAUUCAGCUGCUCCCCAAGACAGCUUGCAUCAUACCCCACCUGCUUUUCAGAGUAUGAUCUACUCUGUUGCCCUUUUAGGGGAUUAAAAAGAAUAAAAGAUAUUUUAAUAGAAUAAAGUUAUUCUUGAAAAUGUAAAGAGAGAUAUUUAAAGAGCCACCCACACAUCUUCACCAACCCUUCUUGCACAUCAGCCUCACAAAUAAUCUUAAAUAAAAGUUAUUGGUGUGACUCGAA